GUAAAUAUAUAUAGCUCAUCUGAGCACUUGCUAUCUUCAAAUUUAUAGGUUAGGAUGUAUUUUUUAAUUAUUAAAAACCAACAAAAAUGUUUACAACUUUAUAAAUAAAUUAGUUUAAAUUGAUUUCAAUUUUCAAGUAAGUAUAGAAAAUCUUACUUGAACAUAGAUUUAAUAUUUUUUAAAAAUGGAUAUCAGACAAAGUACAGGGUUUUAUGAUUUGUGUGUAAAUGUUCAAGAAAACAAUGUGCAAAAUUUACAUUGCAUUUUAUCAAAAUUAUAUGAAUAUGGAUUUAGAACAGUAGCAUUAAACACUAACUUAGAUGAAAGUGUUCUUGUAACAGACAGAAAGAAGAAGAAGAAAAAUGACGAAGGAGAAGCAUCACAGAACACUAUUCCUGAAACAGUUGAUAUAGAAAGUAUAAGAAAAGAAUUUGAUGGAAAACUGAAAGUUUUUAACCGUAUCACAUUUCUGUGUGCUGAUCCUGCAAAGACACAUAUACUGAAUCAUUGUCCAGCCUUAAAGAAAUAUGAUUUAUAUGCCUUUGCUCCAAAAUCACAAAAUGCCUUACAGUUUGCAUGCACUCAACUAAAUGCAGAUUUAAUUACACUAAGACCAUCUUUUGUAACUAUGAAAUUGAAUAAAAAGUUAUAUGAACAAGCUAUUGAAAGAGGGAUACAUUUUGAAAUACAAUAUGCGGAUUUGUUAAAUGUACAAUCUAGGAAGCUUGCUAUUCAUUACUCUCAUCUUUUCCAUACCUAUGGGAAAAGCAAGAAUGUAAUAUUAUCCAGUGGCUGUAAUAAUAUUAGAACAAUCAGAAAUCCGUAUGAUCUAAUAAAUUUAUCAUGCUUACUUGGUUUGAAUGAGGUUAAAGCUAAAGCUUCAGUAUUACAUCAAUGCAGAAAGCUUCUUUUAAAAGCAGAAAGAAGACGUAGAGGAAAGGCUGCUUUCAUUAUUGAAGAACAGGAAGAAACAAAUGGUGACACUAACGAAGACAACAUAAGAAUUUCAAAACGAUUAAAAUUAUAAGCAAU